AGUCGCUACUCACUAGACACUUCGGAGUGUGGCCGAGAACCAGACGAGUCUAGCCAUUCGUCAAAUUCCAUCGGUUAUUGCUUGUGCGAGAGUCUAUGUGUUUGUUUUGCCCCUACUCUGUCCCGUGUGUAUGCGAGUGAAAAAAUGGUGUUCGUGUGCCGAUAUACGCGCAAACGGUGGCCGCUGAAGAAAUGAUCGUCGGUCGUCCCGUGAAAACGUUUGUCAACCGGUUGGUAAUGUCUGACGUCUGAGCGGUCGCAUCGUAGUUGAUUGCAACAAUAAUAAUUAUUGUUUAUAUUUUUGGCGGUGUUUGGUUGGUGGAAAAUGGCCGAGUAUUAUCAGGGUGAAUAUAUAUGCAAUCCAGUAUUGUAUGAAUUAGGAUUUAAGUAUGGUCUCGUUGCAGCGAAUGUAGAUGGUACAGGACCUGAUCUAUCUGGUAUUGAUGCUCUAACACCUGCCCGGUUAGAUGAACUUAAAGAAACUAUUAGAAGAGAAAUUCGACGUGAACUUAAAAUCAAAGAAGGAGCUGAAAAAUUACGAGAAGUUGUCACUGAUCGCAAGUCUUUAUCUGACGUCACAGAUAUUGUAAAAAAGUCUAACACUAAACUUGCAGAAUUACAAGCAGAGCUACAAGAAUUAGAAUCACACAUUAUACUAAGUCAUGGAACAGGACAACAACCGUGUUCUGGGACAACAAAUAAUUCCUUUACAACUGGUGUUCAUAGAAUGUCAGGCACUAAUGGGUCAUCUGAUAGAAACUCAUCAAAUGUUCCGCCUGUUCAAUUUCUGGGCCAAUCUCCUAGCCAAAGUCACGAAUCUAAUUUUGUUAGUGAUCUAAGGCUUGUUCAACUUGAAAAACAACUGAACAUUGAGUUAAAAGUCAAACAAGGAGCUGAAAAUAUGAUUCAGAGUUUAAGUAGUAGUCAUUCACGUGACAAGAAGUUAUUAGCUGAUGCACAACAAAUGUUGUCUGAUUCUAAGCUUAAAAUCGAGUACUUGAGGAUGGCAAUUUUAAAAGGAAAACAAACAAAGCAGCAAAAAGAAGAAAUGAAAUCAAACGGUGAAAAUAAAAAUGAUAAAUCUGAAUCACGUUUAGAAACUCCGUUAGAAGAACGUGUUGCUGAAUUAAGACAUCGGUUGCGAAUAGAAGCUGCGGUUGUUGAAGGGGCGAAAAAUGUCAUUAGAACACUCCAAAGUUCAAAAGUUGCAGAAAAAAAGGCCUUGCAAGAGGCACAAUCAAAUCUUUCCGAAUCUAGCCAUAAGUUGGACCUUUUAAGAAGAUCUCUAGAGCUGCGACGCCAAGAGUUGCCUGCAAACUCGGCCACAGCUGCUCAAUUAGUGAGAGAACUUCAAAAUGCUCAAGCUGCUAGUCCCACGCCAAAUCACGCGUAUGUUAGUUUACAGCCAUUCCUAAAAGCUGAGCGUAAUAUAAUACCUGAAAAAGCUAGUGUAUCACGUUGUGCUGCAGUUACUGGUAAACUUGAAGUCAGGUUAAUGGGCUGUCAGGAUCUAUUAGAAGAAGUGCCAGGCAGGUCAAGACGAGAAAAAGAUAAUCCCGGAGAUUUGAAAUCAUUUGUGAAAGGCGUGACAGGACGUAGUUCCAGUAAAUCAUACAAUAUUAAAGAUGAAAUUAGUAAUGAAAUUAUGGCUGUAAUUAAAUUAGAUAACCAAACUGUUGGACAGACUAGCUGGCGAUCAUGCUCACAACAGGCAUGGGAUCAGAGAUUUUCUAUUGAUUUGGAUAAAUCUCGAGAACUGGAAAUCGGUGUAUAUUGGAGAGACUGGCGUUCAUUAUGUGGUAUUAAAUUUUUACGACUCGAAGAAUUCAUUGAUGAUAUUCGGCACGGUAUGGCUUUGCAGUUAGAGCCACAAGGGCUUUUGUUUGCCGAGAUUAAGUUCUUGAAUCCAAUGAUAUCACGUCAGCCACGUUUGCGUCGUCAACGUAAAAUUUUCAAACAACAAGCCAAAAAUUUCCCUAGAGCAAAUCAAAUGAAUAUUGCUGCCUGGGGUAGACUUCUUAAACGAUCAUCACCUUCUAUACAAAAUUCUCCUUCUAUUCCCAUACAUCAACACUCUAGGUCACAUUCACACUCUGAUAGCUCAACAGAUGGUGGAGACAACAGAACUGAAGAAAAGUGCACGCCAGGUGAAACACCUGAGCCAGGUAUCAGUAGCGGACUGGCCGGUGCUCGACCAUUGGGCUUGGGUGUGGCUGUUCUACCACCAUUGCCACCUACUAUUACUGAACAACGUAGUAUAAUAUCGGGAUCUCCUACAUUCCUACCCUCGGCUGUUAUGGCUGCUAAUAAAAGAAUUCCUACAGCACCACCUACUGUACCACCCCCAAGGCCUCCACGACAGUUAGAUCAAGAGCUGCAGAACGCAUUGAAGGAAUUUGACUUUUUACACGACGAUGAACAACAGAAAUUACCACCUGAACGUAGGAGACAUGUGAUGACCAUGUCUGUAAGCAUAGAGAGUGUUGGCAGUUCGACAAUAGGAACACCGCAACCGUCUCCUCUUGUAGAGUUUCCCCAGGACGAGUCUCCACUGGUGUUCAGCCACCCAGUUUCACGUGUGCUUGAUUACCGGGAGAGUGAUCCAAAAGCAUAUCAUCACAAUACAAACAAUGCACAUGUACCUGAGUCGAAAAUAAGUCAGUUAAAUUCAACUAGUUACUCUCAGAUGUCUAUGAAUGAUUUUAGACUUCUCAGUGUGCUUGGUCGAGGUCAUUUUGGCAAAGUUAUACUUUGCCAACAUAGAAAUUCCAAAGAAUAUUUUGCUAUAAAAGCAUUGAAAAAAGGUGACAUAAUAGCUCGAGAUGAAGUAGAGAGUCUUUUAUCGGAAAAAAGAAUAUUUGAAGUGGCUAAUAAUAUCAGACAUCCAUUCCUAGUAAAUCUGUUUGCUUGCUUUCAAACAGAUGCUCACGUCUGUUUUGUAAUGGAGUAUGCUGCUGGUGGAGAUUUAAUGAUGCAUAUACACGCUGAUGUAUUUACCGAAUCUAGAGCAGUUUUUUACGCAGCGUGUGUUGUCUUAGGACUUCAAUAUUUACAUGAAAAUAGUAUUAUUUAUCGUGACUUAAAAUUGGAUAACUUAUUGCUGGACACUGAUGGAUAUGUGAAAAUUGCUGAUUUUGGUUUGUGUAAAGAAGGAAUGGGCUAUGGUGAUCGUACGGGAACAUUUUGCGGCACACCUGAGUUUUUGGCACCGGAAGUGUUAACCGAAACAUCGUAUACACGUAGUGUAGAUUGGUGGGGUUUAGGAGUACUUAUAUUUGAAAUGCUUGUUGGCGAGUCUCCUUUCCCAGGUGAUGACGAGGAAGAAGUUUUUGACUCUAUAGUGAAUGAUGAAGUUCGGUACCCAAGAUAUUUAUCAUUGGAAGCAAUCGCAAUUAUGAGACGGCUUCUUCGUAAAAAUCCCGAACGUCGUUUAGGAUCGAGUGAAAGGGAUGCAGAAGAUGUAAAGAAACAGGCAUUUUUCAGACAAAUUUCUUGGGAUGACCUAUUAAAAAGAAAAGUAAAACCACCAUUCGUUCCUACAAUUGGUUCUGUGGAGGAUGUGAGCAAUUUUGAUGAGGAGUUUACUUCUGAAAAACCACAACUGACACCACCCAAAGAUCCAAGAUUGUUGACAGAUGACGAACAACAAAUGUUUAAAGACUUUACAUAUACAGCCGACUGGUUUUAACAGGGUUAUUAAAACUUUUUUUUUUUUAAUAUAUAUUUUUACAGUUGGUGUAUAGACUUAUACAUGUAUAUUAUAUAAGUUUGUAUUAUAAUCGAUCAAAUCGAAAUAAUUAGCAAAGCAUUAAAAUAUCAGAGGCAUCUUUUAUCCUCUUAAUGGAUUUAUUUCCAAAUUGUGAUUUAUAUUAUAAGUUAAAAUAACUUAACAAUUCAGCUGCUCAGUAUAUAUUCUUUACAAAAAGUUACCAAUAAUAUUUACUCUCGUAUAGAAACAUCAUAUGAAUGA